AUGACCCAGCAAGAAAUAAAUGCAUCUUUUACCAAAGAAUCGAAUGAUAGUGCUUUUGAAACUCUAUACCCUCUAUUUAUCUUUUCCUAUGUAUCGCCAUCAAUUACUCCAUCUUCGCAAGCAGAGCCAUCUGUUUUUGUUGAAACAUCAAACAUCUGCAACAAUGAGAACAUGAUAUUAUUGUAUAAUAUAUUACAGAAAAAGCUUUACUUGACAUCAGAUGAAGUAAAAUCAAUACUGUCACUACAACUCAAAUCGUUUAUUUAUUGUUCUGGAUUGUUGCAACAAUCAAGCUUGGAUGAGAGUGAUGUACAGUGUGCUAUUGAUGAGGAUCCACGAGCGACUGUUUUGAUUGAUGUGCUUGAGGAGCUUGAGAAAGGCCAUGACGAGACAUUAGAAGAAACACCACUCACAAUAUCAUCAGCAAGUAACGAUCAAAGCGGUUUAAUUAUUCCGCUCAUACAAUCAGCCAUUGCAGUGCUUCUCAAAAAUGUUCAUCAUUGGAGAUUGUCUUGGAAUAGUUUCGUUCCUUUCAGUACAAAAGUAAAAUGUUAG